UUGGCUCCAGAUAUAAACACAGAGCUGGCCCGGGUCUCCUACGGGCUCCACUCCUCACGGGUCCCCCACACAGCUGCAGCGGGAGAAGGCAGGAGCACCGACCCUUCCCGGGAUGGAGGUUGUAUUUGUGUUUGGUUAACUUGUUUUGUGUUCUUCCAGAAGGAUUCUCCAUCCAAGCCGUCCGUGGCUGAACUGGCCGGAAAGUUAAAGGGUCAUAUUCUCCCAAUGCCGAACUCAAAUGAUGAGUCGUCAUUUCGAAGAAGACCUCCGUGCUCCCUGAAGUUGCAAAAUCAAACUAACGAUAUUGGAGAGUCGGAUAAACCCAUGUCAUCAAGUCCUUUUAAAACAAGGACGAAGAACUCGGCCAUCAUCGAGAAACUGCAGGCCAACCUCGCCCUGUCUCCCACCACCCUGCUGCCUUCCCCCAAGAGCCCGGAGGUGAAGCCCCCGCCCGCCCCCCCGUCGCCCCCCCCCACGCCCCUGAGCCCCCUGAGCCCCCUGAGCCCCCUGAGCCCCACCCUGCGCCUGCCUCGCCUCUCCAGUGAAGAGGAGGACCCCGUCAGCUUCGAGAGCCCCCCCGAAGGCACUCCUCUGCCCAGCUUCAACAAGACCCGCGCACGAUUAUCAUUCAAGAGGCGUCCGCCCACGAGGCAGCACAGGAGGUCAGCGGGAGAGGAGGUGGGAGCGGCCGGGAGCGAUCUGUCUCCAUGUGAACUGCAAGCCCCCAAAGAAAACGGGAACAGGGAGCAGGUUUUUGACGACGUGAUGGAGGAGGCUGAGUCCGGGCAGCGGGGCGGUCAGAGAGGAGCCCAAAACAAGGAUGCGGACUGUGGAAAGCUAGAGGCCGAUGUACGGUCUGACCCUGUUGAAAAGGCUCAUCUAGAGCAGGAAGAGCCAAAAGCCGAAGCGUUUGAGGAGGAACCGAAGCCAGAAGCUGAGAAAACAGAGCAUGAGGUUAAGGCAGACGAGGGCCAGACGUGUUUGGAGACACACUGCAGAGAAAAUGAUGGAGUGUGA